AUGGGGUUACUGCUGACGUUGGCCCUGCUGGUGGUCGCUGCUUCGGCUUUCAAGCGGGGUCCAGCGCAACGUCACCGCCGCGACACCAGCACUUUCUGCGGCAUCGCCGAUCUCAGCACUCUGUUGAUGGAUAAUUGCCCGGAUGCGUCGACCUUGCCGCUCGCGGGUCUGAACGGGACUUGCCUAACCGGGCCCGAUCUGCUCGCGUCUGAGGAUGACAACUGGUCGAUCGCCUGCACGACGCCCGACUCACGAAUGGUCAUCUACGGGCCGUCGUGGAGCAACAACACCCAUGGAUACACCUACGCUGACUACCUCUUCUGUAACGACGAUGGAACGUCGAUCGGCUCCUCGAUGGACUACUGGAUUACCACCAGCAAGUUCGUGCCCGGGCUCGACCACGUCGCCUGCUAUCAGAGUGCUUCCGCCCAGAAUGAGGCCCUGUUCCAUAAGUCAACCUGCGACGUUAGCCGCUUCACCCUGAUGCAGAACUGGACGACGUGCCCUGACUUCAGCACGUUGGAGUAUUACUACCCGAGGACCGCCACUACGGAACCGAUCAAUGCUACCGAGGCAGCCAAGCUCCAGAUGUCUUGUGAGACCAACUACCUGACGUCCUACUUCUACCCACGCCAGAUCCUGACCGCCUUCCCAUAUUCGAGCUACUUCUGUGCUUCGGGAAGAACGUUCAUGAUCCGCGACAACCACGUGAUCCCCCUCCGCAUCAUUCUCUGCGAGUCGACCCACUGGACGGCUGUAACGAACGAUAACGUCCGCUUCACCAUCAACACCACCACCGAUUCCAUCUUCUGCACGUUGCCGACGCAGAUGGUUGGCAAGCCGGUCACCUGUCACGACGUAAUUCCGGCCAACGAUUGCCCAUCGAACAUCACCGAGUACACUUCGGAUCUGAUGCUGAUUCCCUAUUCGAUGCCCGGCCUGGUCCCUGCGAACCCGCAAUGCCUUCAAAACUACACGAUCUGGUACCGGGACCCGAAUAACGGAGUGUCGAACCCGCCGUCAUCCUUCCUAAUCCGUUGCUACCAACCGGGCACGGAUCUCAAUAGCCCGACCCGCGCCAACUCCAGGAUGCUCAUCCUCGUCGAAGACCACGGAAAGUACCACCUGACUCGCACCCUCGGAUGCGGCCCUACUAAAUUCACCCUUGAUGAGCAGUACACCAUCGGGAUCUCGCCUGAGGCUAGGUUCACCUGCGUCGACUCGCUGACCGCGUACGACGCCAUGAUGACGGCCAACGGUUACGAUCCCUCCAACUGGGACUGGAACGCC